AUGCGAUGCAUCGGCGUCGCACUGUGCCGCGCACCAUCGCGCGCGCGGUGCGGCGACGCGAAAACCGACGCGCGUCUAGGCCUGCUGCACUUGAUACGAGCUGAUACCGUAUUGGCGUAUCAACGUAUUAGGCUUUUCGUAUGGGCAAACAGUAUGAAAACAGUCGUUUUUGAUACGUAUCGGGAAAUUCCCAAUACCGGAUUCAAGCACCCCUAG